AUGAUGAGGAAGGUUAAUAUGAUAAAGAAGGCUACUCCGGAGGAGGCUGGGGCUCGAACAUUUGUAUAUUGGGACAUCAAACGGUUUCCGGUUCCCCCUGGCUUUGAUGCUCGUCGGAUCCGUCCUUGCCUUGCACACUUUUUGGAGAGAUAUGGCUACUGUGGUCCUCUCACCAUCAACGCCGUUGGCAUACUAACGAACGUCCAUGAUGACAUCCUUGAAGCUCUCUCUUCCACCGGUGUCAAUCUUCGUUACGCCCCCUUCGGUACCGCCAGCCUCAUGGGGCUUAUGCAUGACUGCAUUUAUGAUAAUCCACCCCCAGCUAAUAUUUUGUCCAUAUCCAAUCCGAUGGCUUUCCCUUACGCUAAGAGUGGAUUCAACUUGUUUGGGCCUUUUUCAUAUUCUUCUCUUGAGGAAGACGCCAUCAGCUGGAUUAAAUUAAUUCUGUCAGGUAUGGUUUUGUUUUUUUUUUAUUUUUUUUCCCCUGUCGAGUUGAUGAAAAUAACUUAUCUGUUGCUGAAUAACUAA